AUGGCUUCUUUCAACCCAAACGUCGACUUCAACCAAAGUCGUGGAGUAGAGAUCAAUGUCAUCGGCUGGGUGUUUACUGGCAUUGCCAUGGCUACUGUCGGUCUGAAACUCUUUGCUCGUGGACACGUUGCGAAGGAUCUGGGCUGGGAUGACUUUUUCAUCUUCGUUGCGAUGGCCUUCAGUAUCAUUGCCACGGCCUUGGUGUCGUAUGCCGUCACACUCGGUCUGGGACGACACUCGGCCGCCGUGGUUGCUGAGCACGGCAUGGAACGAUAUGACAGCGCUGCAAAGUGGCAGAUUGUCGGAUUUCCUUUCAACAUUGGCUCCUUCAGUUUUCCCAACAUCUCCAUUGCCAUUCUCAUCCACAAAAUCCUGGACCCAAACAAGUUCCGCACAAUCAGUCUCUACAUCCUGACCGUUUUGCAAGUCGUAUUUGCCAUGAUCUCCGUCGUCCUGGUCUUUGUGCAAUGCAAACCAACCGGAAUCCUCUGGGACCCUCGACUUCUGGCUGAAGGCUCAUGCGACCCGGAUCUUUUUAACGACUUUACAUACUGGGUCAGCGCGUACACAACCCUCACCGAUAUCAUUCUGGCUGUGGUGCCGGUCACUGUGUUUUGGAAGUUGCAGAUGCGAACUUCGACCAAGGUGGCUGUGUGCAUUAUGAUGAGUCUGACGUUGCUCUCUGCGAUUGUCACUAUUGUCAAGGCGACGUACUUGCAUUUGUUCACGGACCACUCCGAUCCUCUCUACAACGUCGUACCACUCGUGCUCUGGGGCCUAAUCGAACAAAAUGUAGUCAUUAUCGCUGCAUGUGUUCCCACACUCCGUCCCUUCUUCCGCAGAGCAUUCGCCAGCAAGGGCUCCCGCUCCGGCAACAGCGACGGCUCACACGUUCACUCUUCCCAUGGAUUCAAACUUUCGUCUAACGCCGGUCAUUCUGGCUUCCAGCGUCCCAAGCCCGCGUCUGAGUCCGAGAUGCCCCUUGAUACUCCACAGGGCAUUUGGCAGACACGAGAAGUCACCGUGGAAAGCGAGGAUGACAACCUAGAGAUGGAUCAAGCCAUCGGGCGUUCGAAGGGUUCGAGAUGA